UGUACCUUUCGCUAGUUUCAUAUAAUUUAUGUGGUGGCUAAACCACUUCCCUUUAUGAGUUCUCAAAGUUGUGAAUAUAUUCUAUGCUUUCAUGGAGCUGCCAUCCACUGCCCAAGUUGUGAUGGAUUCUAUACUUCUUGAAGAACCUUCCUCCUCCACCGCGCCUAGCGAUGGCGGUGGUGGGAGCCGAGCAAUCGAUCGUCACAAUCCCAUCAUCCGAGAUGAAAAAAGACUCGGUCAAGGCCGUAUUUUUCCUUCUAGUGUUACCAUCGCCCCCCACCUCUGUAACGAGAAGCCAGAGGUGGAGGGCGGUGAUCAGAAGCGAAAAAGUGUUGCAUUUGCUAAUGAUGGUGAAACUCUUAAGGCGAGUGAUUUCAUUAGCCCAGCAAGUUCUUCAAGGUGCUUGUUGAAUGACAUAACUAUGUCCCAUGUUCCGUCGCCAUCACUGCCGCCACCACCAUCACCGCCACGCGAACAUCUUAAUGCUCAUAAUGGAAAGGCUGAUUUACUGUCCUCUCCUCCGCCUACACCACAACCGCCACCAUCAUCUACGCCAAUACCAUGUGAUGGUCUCAAACAACCGCAGUCGCCACCACACGAACAUCAUGACUCGCUAUCAUCCGCCACCACUAAACCUCCUUCACCGCCCCAUCCACCACCUUCUUCCAACCAGGUGGUUGUCCUGGAGGUGGCACUGCACUGCAGAGGCUGUGAAAGGAAAAUGAAAAAACAUAUUUCCAAAAUUGAAGGUGUAACAUCGUUCAAGAUAGAAUUUGCGGCCAAGAAGGUGACAGUGGUCGGAGAUGUGACGCCACUAGCUGUUCUAACCAGCGUGUUAAAGGUCAAAAACGCGAAGCUGUUGGCUCCGGCAACAAUAUCAUCAGCUCAGAGCGGUUCAAACGGUUCUUAACAGAGUUCCUCUGUCAAAAUGGACCGAAGCUAGACCGGUCCUUGGUCUCAGGUUGACUCAUGUUUUUAGUUUAAUACUUUAUGUUAUUAUACUACUUUUGGAACAAAAAUUUACAUUUACAUGGUUAUUUAUUUUGGAACAUAAUCUUCAUAUUAACAGAUGAUAA